AUUUGUGCGCUCAGUGCUGCUCCGGCUACCCUAUGCUAUCUCUUUAAACCAGACAGAGCUGCCUCGCUGUGCGUGUGUGUGAAGGAGAAAUUACGAGACAGAGGGCCACUGUUGUGGAGGAGGACUAAGCAAAAAAAAAAAAAAAAAAAAAAAAAAAGAAAAGAAAAAAAAAAAGCACAACAGAGAAGCUCUUCUGCGGGCAUUUAAAGGCUUUGGAAGCUCCGGGUGUUUAUUGCGUUGACUGGUUGUGAUUUUGGACUCGGAUGCUCCUCUUGUAUCUAUGGGCUCGGUAGGCGCAUCUUUCGCCUCCCGAUAAAAAAAUAACGGGCAGGGCUGCCUUGUAAUCAUUAUUAUUCUUUUUUUUCGCACCCUCGGCGCUACAGCGUUGGGAGAAACCUGAUCUGGAAGCCGCACUUAUCAUGGAUUAAUGCCCGAGUGAAUUUUCAUCUGAGAGGUUCCCAAUGUUGAACAUGUCCACCCCCAGCGAGCUGAAGUCUCCCUGCGUGACUCGCAAUGGCAUGGUGAAGUUACCCCCCAGCCAACCCAAUGGCCUGGGCAGCGCCAGCAUCACCAAGGGCACGCCUGCUGCCAAAAAUCGCCUGUGCCAAUCCUCCUCUGUGCCCUCCAUCCUGCCCCCUCCCCCCUCCUCUCUCCCCUAUCACCACCACCACCACAUGGACGGUCCUGGUAUGCCUCAUUCAGCAGCCUCUCUCUUAGGCCCUGAUCUGGAACCUGGAAAGCCUCUGGUGGGACUGAAGCCAUCCCUUCAUCAGCUGCCCCCCCUAACCCUCCCCAAACCCAUACUGCUUGAGCGACAACUUGUUCUGGAUGAGAAGCUGCUCAACCGACUCCUCUGGUAUUUCACCACAGCUGAAAAGUGUGUGUUGGCGCAGGUUUGCAAGACAUGGCGCAAGGUGCUGUACCAGCCCAAAUUCUGGGAGGGCGUAACACCCAUUUUGCACGCCAAGGAGCUGUAUACCCUGCUGCCAAACGGAGAAAAGGAGUUUGUGAGUCUGCAGGCCUUUGCUCUACGUGGCUUCCAGUCUUUCUGCCUUGUGGGUGUGUCAGACCUAGACAUUUGUGAGUUCAUCGACAACUACCCACUAUCCAAGAAGGGAGUCCGCUCUGUCAGUCUCAAGAGGUCGACUAUCACAGACGCUGGUUUGGAGGUCAUGUUGGAACAAAUGCAGGGUCUCAUGCAUCUUGAACUGUCAGGCUGCAACGACUUCACAGAGGCGGGCCUAUGGUCCAGUCUGAACGCCCGGCUAACUUCACUCAGCGUUAGUGACUGCAUCAAUGUGGCAGACGACGCCAUUGCUGCUAUCUCCCAGCUUCUGCCGAACCUGUCGGAGCUGAGCCUGCAGGCCUACCACGUCACAGACACAGCCAUGGCCUACUUCACAGCCAAACAGGGCUACACCACCCACACACUGCGGCUUCACUCCUGCUGGGAGAUCACCAAUCAUGGUGUGGUGAACAUGGUGCACAGCCUUCCCAACCUAACUGCCCUCAGUCUCUCCGGCUGCUCAAAGAUCACUGACGAUGGAGUGGAGCUGGUGGCUGAGAAUCUGCGCAAGUUACGCAGUCUGGACCUGUCCUGGUGCCCUCGGAUUACUGACAUGGCCCUAGAGUACAUUGCCUGUGAUCUGCAUAAACUGGAGGAGCUGGUGCUGGACAGGUGUGUGCGGAUCACAGACACUGGCCUCGGCUAUUUGUCCACCAUGUCGUCUCUAAGGAGUCUCUACCUGCGCUGGUGCUGUCAGGUGCAGGAUUUUGGACUGCAACAUUUGUUUGGAAUGAGAAGUCUUCGUCUUCUGUCUCUUGCAGGCUGCCCCCUGCUGACCACCACAGGCCUGUCGGGCCUCAUCCAGCUGCAGGAGCUGGAGGAGCUGGAGCUGACCAACUGCCCCGGGGCCACGGCCGAGCUCUUCAAAUAUUAUUCCCAGCACCUGCCCCACUGCAUGGUCAUUGAGUAAGAGAGGAGCGACCCACCCCACCGACUGAUCGACGACCGUCAUACUUCAACCUUCCUCCUCUUUUACUCUUCCUCACUCUUUUCCAAAUGCCAACCAGGAGACCAAACUGCUCUGACUGCGCAAAGUUGUUCCUCAUUACCUGCCCCUCCCCCUUCUCGCCUCGCCCCGUCUUCCUCCACACCCAACCGAACAGACUGACCGAUAGGUGGACAGAGAGGCAGGAAGGCAAUAUGAUGGUAUAUGCCAGACCCAGAGGAUGAUGGGAUGGCGUUUGAGUUGCAUUAAAGAAGAUGCUGGAGUGAAAAGCUUAGUGUGACAUCUUGUUUGACAGCAAGUUUCUUUUUCAGAAUCAAGAAGAGGGGUUUGGUUUGAAGGGGAGGAUCUCUGAACACUUAAAUGAGUUUUUUUUUCUGAUUGGAUCCUAAAGGGAGUGAUAUGCACAGACCCAGAUGCAGUGUUAAGGAACGAGUGUUUAAGCUGAUAUGGUGGAACUCACAUGUGCUCAUGGACUACACUCUUACACAUACUGUAUAUGGUAAGUGAACAAAUGAAGUCCUCAAGAACCUGAGUAGUAACAUUUCUAUUCAGUCCACUCUGUGUAAUAUAACUGCUGUAAUUCUUUACUCAUCAAAGGUUCCGUUUUCUCUUGGUUAGAGACACACACAUGCCAGCUGGAACUUCUCUUUUCCUCCUUCCUAUGUGUCUGGAGGUUGUGUCAUGGACUCACAGGUUCUCACCUUUUUGGGAUGCCAUCACCUUUUUCCAUUUCCGUGUCUCAUCAGAAAUCAAAAAAUAAGGAAAUCAAAAAAUUUUCAUAAGACCUGUUUACAUUGGUUUUUCAGUAUUGGCAUUUUACACACUUGAUCGAUUCAUUGUUUUGCAUUUUCUCUCCCUUCUCUCUCCUCCCACGUCUUUGCUUUUUUGGAUACAUGAUUUAAUUUACAGAUCUGAAGUAGAAGCUAUCGUAAACUGUGAAUGUUGUGUUUUGUAAAUGGGAAAUGUUCAGCUGAGGUAACACAAACAAGCAGUCAGUCAAAUGUAAAGCAGAAGAGUACGUGGAACACAUUUGACUUCCAUUCUGAGGAGGUUCUACUGAGGACAUUUUUGAAAUGAGUCAUUGAGAGCAGAGGGACUUUUGCUUCAUGCAUAUGGUGUUUUUGUUUUUGGUGAGGCUAUCUAAUUUUGGAAUUCAACUAUUUGUUUCUUUUCUUCUUUUAGAUGCUGAUAAAAACUGUUUAGUGUCUGAAUUGGAACUGUAAAGGUUCUGAGGCUGCUAAUGCUUUGUAUGAGGGAUCUACUUCAAAAGUCAGAAAGGAAACUAAAGGGAUUUCAGUAUUUAUUAUUAGAAUAUUAAUUACAGUAUCCACCACAGGCCAGGAUCAGAAGUGAACUGGACCAUUUCGUUUGGGUUAUUUAAAAAAAAAAAAAAAAAAACAACUUUUUUUUUUUCCCUAAUAACCCAAAGUCUGGCCUUUGUCUUUUAUAUUGUUAAAUCUACAGUGUUAAAGUGAUGGUUUAACCAAGCUUAGCUCAUGGUUGUCGAGGGGAUCAUGUUACUACUCCUUUUAGAAACAAAUACACAGUAAUAAACGUCUGGCUUCCAAGAACUGAACUGCAAAACAAUGGAAUAUGUUUGCUUUGCCCCAUUUAUAUCUUUAUCAUGUUUCUCUCUCUCUCAGUACAUAUAUCCACAUUUCAAAUCCAGAUCAACAUCUAUUGUGCAUACCUCCAAAGAGAACAUUUUAAUUAAACACAGUAUACACUGUACAUACACAAAGGAUAGCUUUAAAUGUUACAGUAAGUCAUUUUUAUCUUAAAUUCAAAUUAGUAUUCCCGAUUCUGUGGAUCCAUAUGAAGACAGAGGUUCAACUCUCUGUCUCAAAGAUGCCUUUGUUUUCAUUUUAUGAAUUGUUUUCUAUCAACAGCACCGGAGGAUCUGAUAUGUUAGUGAAAAUCCGAUUUACUCACCAAAGUGAGGGAUGAGAUCAAAGAAUACUACAACAGAUCUUGACUGUCAUAAGCAGUCAGGACAUCAGACAGAACAGGAUAGAAUAGAAAACAACAGAGGAAAAGUGUCAUUCUUAAUGAACGCAUGGUAUGGUCUGUAAUCUCCCCUUACCCCUGCGUACCCCACCUCAGACAUCCAUAUAAACUGAGCUAAGCAAGGCUAAACUUAGCAGUCAACAGCCCUACUAUGAAAAAAAAAAAGCAUCCAUACGUCUAGAGGGAGGAAGACAUUAAAUGUGGAAACACGCUAUUGCUGUUCAAAGGUUAAAAUGAUCUUUCAAUGCAAGUAGUUGUGUUUUUUUUCCUACUCUAAAUGAAAUGGAAGAACCCAGCAGCGACCCCCCCUUUAUGCCUACUGCGUGUCCUCAGAUGUGCUAAAUGCCAACUGAAGGGAUUGGGUCAGUCUGUGCAGGUAUUAGGUUGUGCCAAAUGCAUCAGCAGCAGUGCAUUAAAUGUGGCUGGUUGCCUGUAGCUCAUUUCUGACUGAAACAGACUCGGUCUGUACGGAUACGGUAGACCAUGCAUGUUUUUAGUUGGUCUGCCUUUUUCCUUGUGAAGGCUCACUCUACAGGUUGUUCUGCAUCUGUUCAUUGUACAUACAUAUAUUUAUUUAUCUAUUUAUUUAUUUAUUUAUUUAUUUAAAUUGAUUUGUGUCUUAUUUAAGUGGUUUAUUUAUUGAAGAGACAUUUUUCAAAGGAUUGUGUGGAACUUGUUUCAGAUUUUAUUUUAUUUCGAUUUUACUUUAGGACACUUUGGAUCCCUAAAAGAAAUAUCUACUUAAUAGUCUCUUAAAAUACACAUUUUUGAGACACCAGUGACAAUUAACAUCAUUAACACUGACUUAAAACUUUUAAGUCUUCAUAAUGUGCAAGAGUAUAUUUUCCUCUGUGCAAGUGUGUGUCAUCUUUGUAUUGCUUGUUAGAUUAUCAUUAGAAAUAAGAGGACAAAUAGUGGCUCUAUUCACUGUACCUGUCCUGAAUGUGGCAGCAAAAUACGGAGUGUGAUAUACAUAAAACCAUUUAAAGCCUAAGAUUGACCUAUGUCAUGGCUAAGGAAUGUUUACACUAUCCACAAUGAUGACAAAGGGUACCAUGUCUGAUUUGAUGUGCAAGAUGAACAAUCUAUGGAAGCUUAUUAAGGACAAAAGUGUUAAAUCCAUCAACACUAACAUGAUCCAUAAGCUUUUACAUUAUACCUGCACUUACUGAGCCUUUAGUUUGGGACAGAUACAAACUUAAUGGUUCCAUGAUAGUCUAUACGAGGACCUUGUGAGAGCAUACACCCAUCAGCCCUAACACUGGGACUGCUGACAGGUCAAGUGUUAAUGUUGAUUCCCUGGUUGCACUAUUUGUUCUCAAUGGGUGGAAUAUAUUCGGCAAGAAGUAAAUAUUUAGUCAUGGAAGGUGAAAUGUUGCUAGCAGGUAAAAUGGACAAAUGCAAGGAAGCUGUUCGUAUCCUCAUGCUGCCCAUUUUGAUGCUCUUGUGAACAUAUUCCACCAAUUGAAAGAUGCCAUUCUAACAAGAUCAAUAAUAUGACCUAGUCACCUAUCAGUGGUCACAACACUAUGGAUGAUUUUUGUCUGUAGCUAAUUUAUGACAUCAUUGUUUAAAACUUACUUAUUUUCAAUAAUCCAUUACACUAUUGUGUUAAAUCCUCACCUUUCUAAAAUAAUUGCCAAAGCCUUUUUUUUUUU